CAAGGCCCUAGGAACGUGGGUGGUGUCCAGGCGUUCCUAGUUGAACAAUCAUGAUGAUGUCCGGAGGCGGAGGGCCAAAUAACGAGAGUAUUAAUGAGCUCAAUGAGCUCAUCAGGACUUGGGAAGACGGCGUACGCGAUGGAAACUGGGAUCCGACGCCCACUAUCAAAAGGAUAGCAGAACUUGUAGAGGAAGAAAAUAAUAAUUAUCUGAAAACAGACCCAGACCCCUUCGAUGAACGCCAUCCCACACGGGUCAACCCAAUGUGCACCCUGGGUCAGCUGUUCAAAAUCAUCUGCAAAAAGGACAACUUUAUGGAUAAGCUGGUGCUGGAGUACACGCGGGAGAACUUUUGGGUGCGCUCGGCCGGUCUGAAUCGCGACCCCACCGAGCUGAACACACACGCCGCUCGGCUCCUGCUGGACAUCAUGGCCGGCCUGGAGACAUCGGUCGUCUUCCAGGACGCCGAUAGUCUGAUCCGCCGCCUGUUCGGCUGGGCUGAGUCCGCCCAGGAGCCGCUCAGAAGUUACGCCACCGGCCUGCUAGCCGCCGCCAUGGAGGUGCAAGAUAUUGCCGGAAACUUCAGGGAGUCCAAUGCGCACCUGGUACCGGUGAUGAUGCAGCGGCUGAGGGACCUCCAGACGGAGAUGCUGGGCGCGCCCGGCAGGACCGACUGGCCCCCGGGAGCUCCGGCUGCGGCUCCAGCUCCGGCUCCGGCCCCGGCGGCACACGUUCCAGAGCGGCCGUUCGCACAGAUUGGAGCUGGCACACGGGAUGGUGAGGCGAAAAAAGAGGACGACCCGCCAUUAAGGAAUUUGUCGUCUAGUUCGGGCGGCGGCGGCGCUAACUGCAGCCUGCUGAUGUCUCCGCCGCGCGGCGCCACCUGCGCGGGCUCGCACCAGCUGACGGCCGAGAACAGCAACUCGUCGUGGGCGGAGCUGCGUCCGCAGCUGAUCGGCACGUUCCAGAUGCACCCGGUGACGAGUUCGACACGGCAGAUCCUGCUGUUGCGCUACCUGACGCCGCUCGGCGAGUACCAGGAGGUCGGUCAGCGCUGGCAGUACCCGUGGCUGGGUCACGUGUUCGAGAACAACAUGAUGUCUCUGGUGUUCCGCUACAUCAACUUCCGACACAAUCACGACGCCCGGCUGGCCUUCGAGGCCCUGAAGUACCUGUCGGCUCUACUCUGCCACAAGAAGUUCACACUCGAGUUCCUGAGCCGCGGCGGCCUGGAGCUGCUGCUGGAGAUCCCGCGGCCGGGUAUCGCUGCCACGGGCGCCUCCAUGUGCCUCUACUACCUGGCAUACAGUGAGGACGCCAUGGAGCGUAUCUGUCAGCUGCCAGAGCGGGUCAUCAGCAAACUCGUCAGGUACGCGUUAUGGCUGCUCGAGUGUUCACACGAGUCGGGACGCUGCCACGCCACCAUGUGUUUCGGGCUCAACUUCCAGUUCCGGCCGAUAUUGGAGCAGUUUGACCGUCAGGACGGCCUCAGGAAGCUGCUCAAUGUGGUCGGCACGCUGCGUAUGAUCACCACGGGAAACGUGGACACGUUCGACGAGAACGAUGAUGAGUUCACGGCGCGUCAGACGAUGCGCCACGUGUGCUUCACGCUCAAAUGCUACCUGGAGGCGCACCUGGUACUGAAGGCGGACGAGCUGAAACACGGCUCGGCCGCCGAACGGUCGCCGCCGCUCAGUGCCGGGCACCUGAGUCUGAAGGUGACGCCCGAGUCGGUGCAGGAGAACAUGGAGACGUUGAUGACGCUAAUGCCGCUGCGCGCUCGAUGGCGGCCCGUCAACACGCUCUACAAACUGGGCGGCAUCAAGACGCUGCUGCAAAUCAUAGACAUCAGUCAGGAUAUCAACUACUCUGGUAAAAGCGAGACUAUCCGCUCGGCGCUGGACGCCAUCAACAUCUGCUGCGUGUUGCCGGCCGUACAGCUGCAGCUGCGCGAGCGGCACUCGUUCCCCGGCGGCCGCUCACUGGUCGGUAUCGGCCUGAUCGUGGCCGUGGCCGAGCUGGAGACGAUCGGGGACCCGGAGGUGCAGAAGUCGGCCAUUCGGUGUAUCAUCACCUGCGUCUGCGGACCGAUGCACCGGCCGGGCUCCGCCUCCUCCGGGCUGGCUGCCUCAGCCAAGAAGCGGGCGCUGCGGCCCUACGACGACCUCCUGCCAGUCAUGUGGGAGUCGGUGCGCACCAACAACGGCAUCAUGGUGCUGAUGUCGCUGCUGCAGGCCAAGCAGCCCAUCACGGACGCCGACUCCGUGCGCGCGCUCGCCUGUCGCGCCCUGGUCGGCCUGGCCAGGAGCGAGGCCGCGCGACAGAUCAUGUCCAAGCUGCCGCUUUUCACUACCAGCCAGCUGCAGAUGGUGAUCCGAGAGCCGAUUCUCCAGGAGAAGCGCGCUGAGCACGUACAGCUGCAGCGCGACGCUCUGGAGCUGGUCGAGCUCGUCUCGGGAAAGUCGAAGCGGCUGCCGGGAGCCGAUACCGACAUCACUAUGGAUACCAUCCACCGGGCGAACGUGGUGGCGCAGACGCGCAUCCACUACAACGAGAAACAGCUGCUACAGCUGAUGCACAACCACCUCGUCAGCAAGGGUAUGCUGGAGACGGCGUCCACCCUGCAGCAGGAGGCCGGCCUGCCGCUGCCGGCCUGUAAGGCGGCCUCCCACUCGCUACACCCGGCGGCGCUGCGCAUGGUCGGCACCGUGCCCACCACGCCACGGUCUCUGGGCCGCACGCCGGGCGGCUCUCGCGUCUCAGCCUCCGGGGACGGUCUGCCCGGCCUGCAGAUGUCCAGUCUCCGACAGACGGCCCCGGCCACCCCGGCGGCGGCGGCGCGGGGCGGGCCGCCACCCGGCGGCGGAGGGGGCUCCACGCCGCACGGCCAGCCGCUGCACAUCCGGGUCAACCACGCCAGGACGCCGCGACCGGACGCCACCCUCUCGCCCGUCUCCACUCCGGCGUCACGGCCGAUGCGGCAAAAGUCAGCCGUCGACCCGGCCGGCGUGUUCAAGCUGGAACGUCCGUGCGCACCGGCAGCCUCCGACCCCAUCACACUGGACCGGGUGGUCACCGAGUACCUCAUGAACCAGCACGCUCUCUGCCGAAACCCCAUGGUCACCUGUCCCCAGUUCGACCUGUUCGAGCCGCACCGCUGCCCGGAGCCCAAGUCGAAACACUCGGCUCCGGCGAACCUGGCGGCGCGCCUGGCUCGGCGGCCGCUGUUCGCUCCGUACGGCGGUCCGGACGGCCGGAGGCUGGAUACCCGGCUCAUCUACAGCCGCUACUGCCCAGUGCGGACGUUCAGAGAGUUCGCCGAUGACGACACGACCAUGUUCACCUGCGCCACCUUCACCCCCGAGGACAUGAAGUAUAUGAUGAUCGGCACUCACGACGGCACGGUGAAGGCGUUCAACCUUGAGACGGGCGAGGUGGAGGAGACGUACGCCUCCCUCCACGCGUCCAGCAUCACGAACCUGGAGGUGAACCGCGCCGGGAACCGCAUGCUGACCUCGUCCCGACGGCGGCGGCCCCUCUCGGCACUCUGGAGCAUCGAGAACGUCUUCGAGAGCAAGAUGAGUUUCGGCGAGGACGAGUAUGUCGAGUUCGGCAAGCUCUCUCAGGGCCACGUGCUGGGCACACAGCGCACCACGGGCACCCACAACUUCUCUGCCAACCUGUACGACCUGACCACCGGUCAGCGGGUCACCCAGCUGAGCCCGCGCGACGGGAACGGCUACCAGGCCAAUCGGGCCACCUUCGACCCCACCGACGAACUGGUGCUCAACAACGGUGUGCUGUUUGACGUGCGGACUCCGCGCGAGGUGCACAAGUUCGAUAAGUUCAACAACACCAUCAACGGCGUGUUCCACCCGAACGGGCUGGAGAUUGUGGCUAACACUGAGGUGUGGGAUAUGCGCACGUUCCACCUGCUCCGAACGGUGCCGGCGCUACAGCAGUGCCGGGUGAAGUUCGCCAAUGGUGGCCAGGUACUGUUUGGUGUGCGGCUCUCGGGCAGUGACCGCGACCAGGACCAGACCACCUUCGAGGAGGUGACUGCCUUCAAGGUGAUCGACGCCACCGACUACACGAGUAUAGCGACGGUGGACGUGAAGCGGCACGUGUACGAUCUGUGUAUCAACUACGACGACCGGCGGCUGGCGCUCGUCGAGUCCCAGCUCGAAAUGGGAGACGUCGAGCUGGACCAGUCGUGUGUGCGCCUCUACGACAUCGGGCGGGUCCGCGGAGACGAGGAUCUGGAUGACCAAGAGGAUGAGGACAACGUGGACGAGACGGACGGCUCCGACAUGUCUGACAACGGUGCCAGCGAUAUCGCCAGUUUCUUCAGUAUGAACCGGCGCAGGAACGCCAACACUAACGGAGAUCUCUCCGACUCGGACAUGUCGUUUGUGGCGAGCGGCAGUGACCUGUCGUCACCGAGCCCCUCGCCGUCGGACACCUCGGAGCCACUGCUGGACAUCGGCUCACCGGCCAGAGGGCCCGUGCCAAUGGACGACGGAUCGAACGGCUCGUGGGUGACUGAGGAGGAACAGGUGGAGGACGGCGCCGGGGACGGCCCGGAGGAUGGUGCGUGGGGCUGGUGAUUCCGGAACGCCGUGCGUUUCGGCCGCGCUCCGCUGCCAGGGGAUCUGUCCAAUGACUUUCUGCGCCGCCGCCGGCGAUCAUGAGCCAACGUGAGGUCAAUUUUUGUGACGGGGCUGCUCUGUCGUUUAUACAUGGCCAGGUGAUGAAAUAAACACUUGUUAUUGUAA